GGCGCUCGGGGCUCUCAGAGGCGUAGUUGUGAGCCCCUUCUCGGAGCACCCCGGACUUGACCUCACCUGGGCCUAACAGUGGUCAGACUGACCCUUGUCAGGGAGGAGCCGCCUGGGAUAGGGUCGCGCCACCUGCGUGCAGUCCCAGCUCCCCAGGCUUUGUGUUCUUUGGCUUCUCCUUUAAUGUCUCAGCGCCUCAGAUUCUUUAUUUGUAUACUAAAGCUGGUAAUUCUCGCCUUACAAGGUGGUUGUGUGGGUUAAAUGAGGCAGUAAGAGUAAAGCUUAGAAUCACAGCGGGCACAGAUUCGAUUUAAGCUGUAGGUAAUUACUCCAUCCCCCAAAAUCGACCCGGACUGAAGCGCCCGUUUUGUGUCAAACCACCGCGAAGGUUGUUUGGGGAGUGAGGACUCGGAGCAGAAGGGGGCGGUUAGGCGAAUAGCACAGAUGAAGAUCCAGUUUCAGACAUGAGACUCGUUGGGUGAUCAUUUCAUUGAGAUCAACCUGAAUGACCAGGUGUAAAGUGCAAGAGUAGUAUGCUAUGACUGAGGCAACUCAAAUUUUUUAAUUGCCAAUUUCUGUUUCUUUUGAUUCUACAAAAGAAACUAUGUUUCCGGUAGCCCCUAAACCUCAGGAUUCCAAUCAACUGUCAGAUAGACUCAUGACUGAAAAACAGCAGGAAGAAGCAGAAUGGGAAAGCAUAAAUGUGCUAUUGAUGAUGCAUGGCUUAAAACCUUUGUCUCUAGUCAAAAGAACAGAUCUCAAAGAUCUCAUCAUUUUUGACAAACAGUCAUCACAAAGGAUGAGACAGAAUUUGAAAUUGUUGGUGGAAGAAACAUCACGUCAACAGAACAUGAUACAGGAGCUUAUAGAAACUAAUCAGCAGCUUAGAAAUGAACUUCAGCUAGAGCACAGCCGAGCAACCAAUCAAGAACAACGAGCUAAUGACUUGGAACAAAUUAUGGAGAGUGUGAAAUCCAAAAUUGGUGAAUUGGAGGAUGAAUCACUAAAUAGGGCUUGCCAGCAACAGAAUAAAAUAAAAGAUCUUCAAAAGGAGCAGAAAACUUUACAGGUGAAGUGCCAGCAUUAUAAGAAAAAACGAACGGAGCAACAAGAAACUAUUGCUUCUUUGCAAACGGAAGUCUGUAGAUUAAGAAAGGAGGAAGAAGAUCGCAUUGUCACUCAAAACAGAGUGUUUGCCUAUCUGUGCAAAAGAGUUCCUCAUACCGUCUUGGAUAGACAGUUGCUUUGUCUAAUUGAUUACUAUGAAUCUAAAAUUAGAAAAAUUCAUACACAAAGGCAAUAUAAAGAAGAUGAAAGUCAGUCAGAAGAAGAAAAUGACUACGGAAGUCUGGAUGCCUCACCAACUUAUAAAGGCCUUUUAAUGUCAUUACAGAAUCAACUCAAGGAGUCAAACUCUCAGAUUGAUGCACUUUUAAGUGAAAAGCUGAACCUCCAAAAAGAUUUGGAAACCAGGCCCACACAGCAUGAAUUAAGACUUUAUAAACAGCAGGUGAAGAAGCUGGAAAAAGCCCUUAAGAAAAGUGUCAAAUUACAGGAGCUUAUUAGUCCUAAGAAGGCUGAGGACACAGAGAAAAAAGAUGAGCCCAGCAAAUAUAAUCAGCAACAGGCCCUAAUUGACCAGAGAUACUUUCAGGUGCUGUGUAGCAUCAAUUCAAUUAUCCACAAUCCAAGAGCUCCAGUAAUAAUUUAUAAACAGAGCAAAGGGGGAGCCCAAAAUUUUAAUAAAGAUCUUAUUCAAGAUUGUGGAUUUGAGCAUCUUGUUCCUAUAAUAGAAAUGUGGGCAGAUCAACUGACAUCCUUAAAGGAUUUGUAUAAGUCCUUGAAAACACUAUCUGCAGAACUGGUACCUUGGCAUAAUUUGAAGAAGCAGGAUGAAAAUGAAGGUAUCAAAGUUGAAGAUUUGUUGUUUAUAGUAGAUACUAUGUUGGAAGAAGUUGAAAAUAAGGAAAAGGACAGCAAUAUGCCAAACUUUCAAACUUUGCAAGCUAUUGUCUCUCACUUCCAAAAGUUAUUUGAUGUGCCUUCUUUAAAUGGAGUCUAUCCCCGAAUGAAUGAAGUUUAUACUAGGCUUGGAGAAAUGAACAAUGCUGUGAGAAACCUCCAAGAACUCUUAGAAUUAGAUAGUUCAUCUUCAUUGUGUGUGCUGGUAAGCACUGUUGGAAAACUCUGUAGGCUGAUUAAUGAAGAUGUGAAUGAACAGAUUAUGCAGGUAUUAGGACCUGAAGACCUCCAGAGCAUUAUCUACAAAUUGGAAGAACACGAGGAAUUUUUCCCAGCAUUUCAGGCAUUUACUAAUGAUCUACUUGAAAUCUUAGAAAUUGAUGACUUGGAUGCCAUUGUACCUGCAGUAAAGAAAUUAAAAGUACUUUCAUACUGAAAACAAAUCAAAUCAUUUUUACUGUGUAAAUUGUAUUCUUAACAUUUUGUAUUUUGUAGGAUUGAUCUUAUUUUGAGACAAAGGUUGUAAAAUGUAUUUGCUCUCAGAAUUCAUCCCCUUCUUAGUAUUAGGUCAUUCUUCAUCUCUAUAAUUUUUAUUAACUUUGAGAUUCUUAUACAGAAAAUAGUUGCAAGGGUAGUUAAUUAACUUUAGAUCUUUUCAUUUAUUAAGCAAUUAUUGAGUGCUUAAAAUUUAAGGUUGUUUUAGAGUGGAGUUUGUGAGUAAAAGAGGAGGCCAGGGAGACAGAUUACAAGUAGUAGGUUGCAAUCUUUUAGAUUCAGGUUGUAGUAAUCUUUGAGCCAUGACAAAAGGAAUGCCAAGAGCUCUCUAAAUUUAGGUAGUAGGAAGCUACUGCUCUCCUGGCAAGGACUAAUUGGCACAUUCUGUUAAGAUACCCCUCAUGGGUAUCUUUCAAAUAGGAAGAAGCAGGAAGAAGAAAAGGAAGAAAGAAAAACUGUUUAAUCAUUUCUGUUAGGGUAGGAAAUGAAUCAUAGGGUAAAAUGGAUGAGUAGAUAGAAGUCUCUCAUUUAAAAAGUGUCUUUUGCAAUCUUGAUGUAAUGCACUUUUUAUAAGGACUUGAGAUCUCAAAUAAAAUUUUUGUAAAGAAUUUCCAAA